AUGGAGCUAGCAGGGUUCAUCAUAUCCUCAAUAAUCUCCCUUGCUGGAUUCUUGUCAGUGGUUUCGGCAUCGACAUCACAGCAGCAAUGCGGCGGCAAUGGAGCACCUGCUGGAGUGAGAGCUGGCUACUGGUCGCCGUCCUCAAGCCGCUACUCCCCGGUCAGUAGCAUCGACGCCUCCUUGUACACUCACCUCUACUACAGCUCAGUGUCCAUCGACGAGACAAGCUAUGCUGUCGCGCCUCAGCCGACCGAAGAGGAGGGCUCGCUGCUCGCUGCGUUCUCUGGUACCGUCAAGUCCGGGAGCCCCUCUACCAAGACCAUGCUGUCCAUCGGCACAAAUGAGUACAGGGUGGAUGCGUCGAAUGCCGCCUUCUCCAAAAUGGCUUCAGACAAGAACCUCCGGGGAGUGUUCAUCAACUCCUCCGUGGAACUGGCUCGAGCCAACGGCUUCGACGGCCUGGAUUUGUCGUGGAUUUUCCCAGUCACACAGAUGGACAUGGAGAACCUUGGAGUCCUUCUUGCGGAGUGGCGAGCAAGGAUCAUGGAGGAAUCCGCGACCAACUCCUUGUCUGGUCCUCUUCUCCUGACAGCAACACUCUACUUCUCCAACCACCUGUUUGACAUGCCUGACGGCAACCUCGACUACCCCAUAGAUGACAUCUCAGACAACCUCGACUGGGCGAAUAUCCUCACCUUCGGCUUCCACGGGGACAGCAGCGUCACCACAGCUGAUGCACCUCUCUACGACAAGUCGUCGCACUUCUCAGUGAGCUACGGGGUCAUCUCAUGGCUGGAUGCAGGAGUUCCUCCAUGUAAGCUGGUGAUGGGGAUACCUCUGUUUGGAAGAUCAUGGUUCCUCAGGAACAAGGCCAAGAAUGGGCUAGGAUCGCCGACUGCCGCUGCCGGAACAAAGCAGAGGAAAAGCAACCAGACUGGGAUAAUUGCAUAUGCAGAGGCUGAAGAGUACCUGAACUCUGAAAGCACCGUUGUCACCUAUGACAACCAAUCAGUGGCAGAGUAUUUGUACAACGGUGACCUCUGGGUCAGUUUCGACGGCGCACAGGUAGUGCAGCAGAAGCUAGAGUUUGCGGUGAGAUCUCAGUUGCUUGGCUACUUCCUCUGGACCGUCGGCUUUGACGACUCAAACAGCACAAUAUCCAAGAAAGCAUCGGAAUCAUGGCAACAAUAUGCUCAAGGUGGUUUUGGAAUCAUGCACGCAGGAGGUUCAAACCAAUAUGUUGCAUUUAAUUCAUCUUCAGUAUCACUUGGUAGCUGGCAUUCAAAAUCUCUCAGCUGUUUGCUGUCUUCAGUACUUCUGUUGGUGAUUCUGUUUCAAGAAUAA